AUGACAUAUCAUCUCUUUGACGCAUCGAGUUCUGGCUCCGAACUUCUAUCGGCGACCACCGCCCAGCGGUCGACGGAAGAGCAGGACCUUCUGGUUCGUAGCACGAAGAAGAAUAAGCGGAGCGCUGUCGCAAUGGAGGAGAAAUUGCCCCCGCCCGUGUCGACGGAAAGCCAAGAACCCAAGAACCAAGUACAGGAAUCACCACUGCAAAUGGAGACGAGGCCCCAAGAACCGAAAUCUUGGGUCCAGAUAUUCAAGCCAUUGAUCCAGAACCCAGGGAUGGAAGAAAUGCAUGAAAAUAAGGAGCAAGACGAAGCGGAGGAGCCAAUAUCUUAUGAUGAAAUGAACUGGGGAGAGGACGACCCAGAUUGUCCAAGGGUGAUAAUCACCAAAGAAGAGAAGGCAAGAAUUCGAAGACCCUGGCGUCGAUCUCUAAUUGUUCCAGUCCUGGGCAUAAGAGUGAGCUACUCGUACCUACUCCAGCGAAUGAAGGCAAUGUGGCGACCAGAGGCAAAUAUGGACCUAAUCGCACUCAACGACGACUACUUUGUGGUAAAAUUCGAAGCUCUUAGGGAUUACGAAUUCGCCAAAUUCGAAGGCCCCUGGAUGAUUCUUGGACACUAUCUCAUCGUACAAGAAUGGGUCCCAAACUUUGACCCAUCAAACAACAAGAUGGAAAAGCUACUAGUUUGGGUCCGAUUUCCGACCAUCCCGAUCGAAUAUUUUGAUGAGGACAUAGUGGAAAAAAUUGGACUGAAAGUUGGACGCCCGAUAAGAGUCGAUGAUUCAACAAGCUUAGUUUCGAAAGGCAGAUUUGCGAGAAUCUGCAUCGAAGUGGAUAUGACAAAGCCGCUUCUCUCAAAGUUUACCAUGGAAGGAAAGGCGUGGCCUAUUGAAUAUGAAGGUAUCCACCUUGUUUGUUUCAGGUGUGGCAUCUACGGGCAUCGCAAGGAACAGUGCGGUCCCAAAGAGAAUGCAGAUAAGACAACAGAGGAAGACAAUGCAGAUGGAGAAGGAAUUCAGCCAAAGGAAGGGAACCAAGAACACACGUCUCCUUUCUUGGCCAAGCAACCCCCGAAAGGCCCUGAUCUUUCGGCAAGAUUUGGACCAUGGAUGAUAGCUACCCGUAAAGCUAGGAAUGGGCAAAGGAACACUGCAUACCGGAUCCCUCAGGGUAGCCCAAGAAGGAGCACUGGUGGCAGGGGUUAUCAUGAUAAAGAAACGGCCCCAACAAGCGAACUAUCAGUCCGAUAUGGCGUUCUAGCAGACUUGGAAGAGGAAGAUCCGAUGACUGAAGUGCUAAAUCAGCGGAACGAUAACCCCAGGAUGCACCAUGUGAAUUAUUCACGAGGAAGAGGAGGCGUCGGACCUCGUGUUAACACCAGAACCCCAUCAGCACCCGAACAGCAAGGUCCUUACCAACAAGGAAAGCAGCAACCUCCCACUGGAUGCGGGGGUAAUGUGACAACGAGAGGGAGGGGAGGAAGAGGUGGAAACCCAAACCGGGCAGCAGCAGAAACAUCGCAUGUAGUUUUGCGUGGUUCAGAAAAAGGAAAGAAGAUAACGACAUCGGUAGUAUAUUCCAUGGAAGACACAGCGGAUCUGCCAACAGAAGCUGGUCUAGAUGCUAUUUUCCAGAACAAACCACCUGACAACCCGGCGGUAUUCAACCGGCCAGAUCAUCAACUAGUGGAGGAUAUGGACCUUGGUGUUCGCGACAAUAGGGAUCACGUCCAGGAAGAUCUGGACACCAUGCGCCUUUAA